AUGCCUCCAAAGGCCGCGAGACAGAGAGGAGGAGGCGGAGGAGCGCCUAGAGGUAAUAAGAAGCGCGGCGAAGGAGCCUCUAGGCGUAGGGACCCGAUGCUAGAUGAGAGACAACAGCCCUUUCAGGCCGUGGUCGUCACCGAUAUCUUCGAAACGCGAUUCGAACCAUUUACGCUUGAGAAACCCAGGUGUCUAUUGCCUAUUGCCAAUACCCUGUUGAUUGACUACACGCUCGAAUUUCUCUCCAAUGCCGGUGUGGAGGAGAUAUUGCUAUAUGCUGGCGCACACGCCGAUAUGCUGGAAACCUAUCUCAACGGCUCAAAGUGGAAAUCAGACAUAUCACCAUUUACAAAAGUUCGGCUUAUCAGAACGGCAGCCACCUCAUUUGGAGAAGUUAUGCGCGAUCUACACGAGAAACAUUUAAUGAAUGGUGACUUCCUCCUCGUUAACGGCGAUAUUAUCGGCAAUAUUCCGCUUGAGCAAGCAUUGAUUGAACAUCGUGCCCGUCGACAGACAAGUCGAAAUGCCAUCAUGACCAUGAUCCUUAGAGAAGUCGGGGAAUCGAAUAGAGUCCGCAAGAGCGCGGAUGCACCCUUAUUUGUCAUUGAUCCCACCAAAGAUAGGUGUUUACACUAUGAAGAGCUUCAAUAUCACCCGCAGGAUGGAUACGACUUACCGUCUAACCUAGAGAUAGACCCGGAGCUCCUUGAUGCGCAUGCUGAGAUUGACGUUCGCAACGACCUGUAUGACUGCCGCAUCGAUAUCUGCACGCCGGAGGUCCUUGGGCUGUGGGCAGAUAGCUUUGACUACCAGUCUCCGCGCACUCACUUUCUGCACGGCGUGUUAAAGGACUACGAACUCAAUGGAAUGACCAUCCACACUCACAUCAUGAAGGACCACUACGCGACACGAGUCCAAAAUCUGCAUGCCUAUGAUAUCGUCAGCCGAGAUGUGAUAGGACGAUGGACUUUCCCUCUCUGCCCAGACACCAACCUCUUCCCUGGCUAUUCCUACAGUUUCAAGAGAAAUUUCGUCUACCAAGAACAGGGUGUUGUGUUGGCUCGGUCUGCGACGAUUCAUAGUCGAACGGUGAUCGGCAAGGGGACAACGAUCGGUGAAGGUGCCGUCAUUACCAACAGCGUCAUCGGCCGAAGGUGCAAGAUUGGCAACAAUGUUGUCCUUGACGGAGCGUACAUCUGGGACGAUGUGGUCGUUGGCGAAGCGACUGAGAUAAAGCAUGCCAUUGUAGCCAACGGCUCGGUUAUCGGGGACAAGUGCCGCAUCGAACCUGGCGCGUUGCUGUCAUACGGCGUCAAGAUCUCUAAUGGAACUUCGAUACCGGAGAGCAUGAGCAUUACCAAGUUCCAGAGGGAUGCCGACCAGAAAGUACCGAACGAUGAGAAGCUCGUUGGAAAGGGCGGCGAGGGAUUCGAGUUCGUUUCAGAGGAGGAUGAGGACGAGGAAGAGAUUGAUUUUAUCCCAGGUCUAUUAUACAAUAUGGCCGAGUUGUCACUCUCCGACGCAUCCAUAUCAACUCUUACAUCGGAGAAGUCAGAAGACGGUGGCUUUGGCUUCCGCUCCAGGUCCGGUAGUGUCAGUACAACUGCCUCUGACGAUGACGGACGAGACCAGUUCCAUCACGACGCCGUCUCCAGCGUAUUCGACGGCCUCAAAGAAGGUCUUAGCGCGGAAGUAGUACAGCUUGAGCUUGUUGGGCUACGUAUGAGCGCCAACGCCUCUGAGCACCAAGUCCGCCGUGCAGUAGUAAUGUCGUUUAUGAAAUACAUCCAGCAUGUCACGGAAGCGGGCACCGUUGGCCUCGCCGACUCCGUGCGCGAAGUCUUUACAAAGUACAAGGAUACGAUUAUGCGAAUCGUGUUUGACCACGACAAGGACGACAAGCCGGACCAGGUUGACUUGUUGCUGCUGUUCCAGAAAGAUCUGACGGAGCGGAAUAAGGGCGGUAAUAUAUUGCUCUUUACCGCGAAGGAGCUCUACGACCUGGAGAUUGUGGAUGCAGAAGCCUUUUCGCAGUGGUGGGAGGAUGAGAGGAACGCGGGUGCUACGCCCUUACCUGUGCCAGUUUCAAGCAUGGAUUCGGACGAGGAGUUUAUGACCGAUGCGUCGAGCCCGGAGGCGUUUCUAGAUACACAGGGCAGCGAUGACGAGAGCUUAGGAGACGAAUUUGAAGACGACCUUGGAGGCUCCUUCACCUACGAGAAGGAUAUCAAGCCCGUACGGCAACCAUACGAGACAGAUUCCACGGCUCUCAGCCCAGGAGACAUCACGCGUGAACAAAAUGUGCAGAUUAACGAGGUCUCCUCUAUACUUGGCCUGCCGGCAGAGAACGCCGCCAUCCUACUACGGUUCAGCCGCUGGAACAGGGAGAAAUUGAUAGAAUCAUACAUGGAUCACCCCGAGAAGACACUCGAGGAGGCAGGCCUUGGGUCGACCUUCUCAUUGAAUCCAAAGACAGAAGUCAUGCCUGGCUUCAUGUGUGAGAUCUGCUGCGAGGAUGGUUCGGACCUACAGACUUAUGCGAUGCGUUGUGGACAUAGAUUCUGCGUGGAUUGCUACAGCCACUAUCUAGGACAGAAGAUCAGAGAGGAAGGGGAGGCUGCGAGGAUAGAAUGUCCACAGGAUCAGUGCCACCGGAUCGUUGAUUCGAAGUCUCUCGAUUUACUUGUCUCGGAGUCGCUGAGGGAUCGUUACCGUGUCCUACUGAUACGGACCUAUGUCGACGACAUGCCAAACUUGAAAUGGUGUCCAGCCCCUAAUUGUGAAUACGCGAUUAGGUGUGGCGUCAAAGAGAGAGACCUGAACCGUGUUGUCCCAACAGUAUACUGCACCUGCAGCUUCGGCUUCUGCUUCGGAUGCGAUGUGGGAGACCACCAGCCAUGUCCAUGUGCCCUCGUGAAGAAAUGGGUAAAGAAGUGCAAGGACGAUUCAGAAACCGCAAACUGGAUCUCGGCCAACACCAAAGAAUGUCCAAAGUGCCAUUCUACCAUCGAGAAAAACGGAGGCUGCAACCACAUGACAUGUCGAAAGUGCAAGCACGAAUUCUGCUGGAUGUGUCUUGGUCCUUGGUCCGAACAUGGCACAAGCUGGUACAACUGCAAUCGAUUCGAAGAGAAAGGCGGCACCGACGCGCGGGAUUCGCAAACUCGUUCGCGCCAGUCCCUCGAGCGCUAUCUCCAUUACUACAACCGCUUCGCCAACCACGAGCAAUCGGCCAAGCUCGACCGAGACUUGUUCCUUAAGACUGAGAAGAUGAUGGUGAACCUCCAGUCCCAGUCUGGCCUGUCCUGGAUCGAAGUACAGUUCCUCGACACGGCGUCACGGACGCUGCAGGAAUGCCGACAGACGCUGAAGUGGACCUAUGCGUUCGCCUUCUACCUUACCCGGAAUAACCUGACUGCCAUCUUUGAGGAUAACCAGCGAGAUCUCGAGAUGGCCGUUGAGAACCUGAGUGAGAUGUUUGAGAAGCCAAUCUCGGAGCUGGCGGGAUUAAAAGUAGAUAUCCUGGACAAGACGGCGUACUGUAACAAGCGACGAGUUAUACUGCUGUCCGACACGGCUGAGAAUCUGAAGGCUGGUAUGUUCUCCUCCUACGCUACUUCGAUCAUGAGUGAUGCUAAUCUUUGGGCAAACGAUAUAGGCGAAUGGUCAUUUAUUGUAGACUUGAAAUGA